AUGAACAUCAAACUCCCCUCUUUGUCUCUUCGUUUGAAUCAAAAUCCAUCAAAAACCCAUUUCAGGAAAUCCAAAGCUGUUCCAGGUUUACUGAUUGUUGCUUGUGGUGAAAAGGUGGAGCCUUUGAGGGUAAUGAUAUCAGGAGCCCCUGCUUCUGGGAAAGGAACUCAAUGUGAACUCAUUACUAAAAAGUAUAAUUUGGUGCACGUUGCAGCAGGAGAUCUUCUCCGGGCUGAAGUUGCUGCAGGGACUGAACACGGGAAGCGUGCUAAACGAACUCACCUUCGUUGCUGGUUGCAGAUGGUUAAAGAGCGGUUGUCACGGCAAGAUUCUCAGGAGCACGGCUGGCUUCUUGAUGGAUAUCCGAGGAGCGAGUCCCAAGCUACCUCUCUCAAGAAAUUCGGUUUCGUUCCAGAUAUCUUCAUUCUUCUUGAAAUCCUCGUUAAAAGAGUUGUCGGCCGCAGACUAGAUCCGGUCACCGGGAAAAUAUACCAUCUCAAAUACUAUCCCCCGGAAACGGAAGAAAUCGCUGCACGACUCACUCAACGCUUCGACGACACUGAAGAAAAGGUUAAACUGUGUUUGCACACUCACAACAGCAACGUGGAGUCUGUGCUUUCGUUAUACAACGACCAAAUAGUCAAGGUGGACGGAACCCUCCCUAAAGAGGAGGUGUUCUCACUAAUCGACCGAGCUUUGACAGAGCUUCUCGCGAAGAAGGAAGCCGCCUUGGGCUCACUGGCUGCAUAA